AUGGAUAAGUAUGUUUUGGUAGAAUAUUUGAGCAGUAUAAAAACAGCAAUAUGUGAAACGUUUAAACAUACUCAGCGGAUUAAGCUCACUAGUUUUGAUGUUUCAAACCACUAUAUCAUUUUGGGGACAAACAGUGGAGGUAUUUAUAUUUUCAAACGAACACCAUGUGAAUUUCUUAGGCUAAUCCCAAGCAAAGAAGGAUCUACAGUACACAUAAAAAUAUCUCCUGAUGAGAAAAAUUUGGCCGUAGCCUCUGCCAGAGGCCUUGUGAUAAUUUUAGAAAACUUUUUUGCUGACUUAAAUGUAAGGCCUCUAUUGUUUACCGAACACGACGGCAAUGCAAUAACUGUGAUGAAAUGGCAUGGCAAUAGUGUAUACAGUGGUGACAAUAAUGGAAAAAUAGCUGUAUGCACUGUUCAUGCAAAAUUGACAAAAGCAAUAUUCCAAACCCCAUCUUCAUCUCUAAUGAGCCUAGAUUCAAGCAUCGUCCAAAUAGAUACUUACAAAAACUAUUUAUUAAUUUCAACCAAAACACGUACUUAUUUAUGUGAUACAGAAAAGGAACAGUACAAACAAAUAGGCAAAAAGCUGAGAGACGGCAAUUUCGGCGCUUGUUUUUCCCAGACCGAUUUCUCCGAUCACUUCGAUAGAUGCGAAGGUGUUAGGAGAGCCUUCAAAACUAUCGAAAGUGAAGAUAUUUUUAGUAGUAAAGUGAGUAACGAUGUGAAGAUAUACUGUGCUAGGCCCGGUGCUCGCUUAUGGACGGCAAAUUUUGAAGCCACUGUUCUUUCAACAUAUCAGUUCAGAAAUUCCCUCUCUAUGCAAUCUUCCGACUUGAUAACCAUUGAAAACGCCAAAGAUACGAGGCUUCGUGUAACCAAAUUCGAAGAAAUUGAAAUUUCAAAGGACUUCAACUUCAGUAAAGUGUAUUUGCUGUACAAAAAUAUUAUAAUGACAUAUGACAAUAAGGGCAUUUAUUUCUUUAAUGUAGAAAAGAGCAAUAUCGUAUGCUGGUCGCAUGCAUUCGACAAUAUUAGGGAUGUAAAAAUUAUGAAGCCACAUAUUUACGUUUGGAGGAACGAUCUGCAAAUUAACAUUAUUUCGUUGCAAUCUCUGGAGGAAAUAGUUAUUAACACGUUAAUCAGUAAACAGUAUUUGUUGUGUUCAGACUUAUGUGUACAAUUUAACGAAGAAGUUUUUGCUUUGAUCGAAAAAUCAAAGAAAAUCAAUCUCAUAUCAAUUUUGAGGACUAAGUUGAAGGAAUUAGGAGAAGACGAUCUUUUCGGGAAGAUAGAAAAUAUUUUAGAUAAACUAGAUGAGUAUUACAAAGACCAAACGGUUGGAUUAAAGUUGGAAAAUGGUAUAGUCCUAGUUGAAAAUCAGUAUUCGGCGCAAGCUACCACUUUACCUGAAAAUCUAGAAAGCAACUUUCAAAAUUUAGACACUGAGAAAGAUUUAAAGAUACUUUAUAAACAAUACGUACUUAACAAAACUCAUAAGCUAGCAGAAUUAACAGAGAGUAGUAAAAUUUUAACAAAUACCAAUUUAGAUGAACUGCCCUCAUUGUUCGAGUCUUUUAUAAAGUACGUCAAAGACAAAAGUGAAGAGGAUGCGACGCUGUGGUGCAAAGAACAGCUGUUGAAAUUCGUUUCUAAAAGUUUGUACAAUUUCGACGAACUUAAACCACCGACCGUCGAGUCGUUAAGUAAAUAUUUUUUAGAUUUAAACGAUUAUAAAAUCGAUUGUUGUAAGUGCGGUUUUCCUUUACCCAGAGCGCACAAAAGGAAACUAGAUCAUUACAAUCUGGCCUGUAAAUUGUUUAAUUAUACCGAAAACAAACAAGAGUACUUAAACAACAUUCCGCUUUUGUACAAGCUCAAGGCUUGCGACUUGGCAUUGAAUCUCGGUAUGAUUACCCAGUUCAGCGACAAAGAGGUAUUUAAAAAGGUCUUAUUUAAAAUGACAUAUGAUAAGUGGGACGACAUUAUAAAGUUGUAUAUAAAACUGAGUCAAGGCCACUGCUUGAAUUGUUCCGAGACGAUAUGUAUCGACGGACUGUUGACUUGGACGGAAUUGGGGAUGCUGAUGGUUGAAUCUAUAGGACCGAAGAAUGCCAAUCGAUUAGUGAUGAGGUAUGCGCAGUACAUUCCUAAAGGGCAGUUGAAGCAGGAGUUUUACCAGAGCUGCAUGUUUUCUAUGACGUGCCCGAACCAGGGCGUUGCUGUAAAAUUCGUAGAGGAAGUUUGUGCCGCUGGAAGCUCUAAAAUGCUUGGAGACUGUUUAGAACAAUUCCUGCAAAAGCAACAUUCCGGCCUCCAAUCGCCACACAAGAGUAUUAGACCCGAUUCCAACAUCAAAUGUUCCUAUUGUCAGAUAUCUGUAAGCAAUCCAAUCCUGCGAGAGGUGAAACAUUGCGUUUGCGGUCAUUACUACCAUCAGAUCUGUUUUAAAAGUCACAGUAACAUUUGUAAGUAUUGUGUAGAAGAUACCAACAGU